CAACAUUUAUCCCUAUCAGGAUAGUUUGCCCCGUCGUGAAGCGACGACGACGACGAUAUGCGUACCACAUAAACGCUGCGACUUUAAAGGCUCGGUGAGCCAAUUAACGUUAGCCGUUUAGAGCGCUAGCAUCCGUCAACAACAGCGCUUUCACCCGACUGGAUGCCUCUGACAGCUUGUUAGCAUAUCGGCUAAUGGCAGCGGUACUUCAACUUCCUUGACGUGGAGGGAUGAGUCUCUUCCCUGUGAUUGGCACAGACGUGCCAGAGUCAGCCAAUGGAGUUUUGACAUCUGUCUCUUUGGAACCCUGCAGUGAGAACGGCCCCAACACACACACACCAGGAUCAUUAAAAUUUGGGGGGAGCCGAGGGCCCUGUCAUGGGCAGGGUUCAAAGGAUGGGUCCCACAGAGAGACUGAAAACCACAUUGAUAUGGAGAGGGCAGUUUACGAUGGGGAGGGUUGCUUAGAUACAGAGGCAGUCCAUAAUUCAGCAACAUCUGGUUUGGACUCUCAAACGCACCUGGAGUCGUUACAUGCCCCCCGUAGGCUUGACCCUUCCCUCCCCACUGCCACGUGCACAGGAGACACAGGCCCGAAGGACACACAGUUUUCAGAGACAUCUCACUCCACAGACUCCCCUGGCACAGCUCUUCCAGGGGACAUAGCACAGCACAUAGAAUCCAAAGACUCUCCAGCUCCACAAGGGGGCCCUAUCAGCUCAGACAGGCAGUGGACAGGAUUGGAGAGCUUGGAGGGGGAGAUGGAUGGAGAGAUGGAGAAACAGGAUGAGGAGGAAGAUGAGAAGAAGGAGAGAGAGUGGGAUAGGGAGCAUGGCGCAGAAGGUGCAGAUAUGGAGCCUACAAGGCAGUACUCUUCUUCAGCGCCUGGUCCUAGAACCACCUCAUCUCCGCCUCCUUCCCUUCCCUCAGACAGUAGCCCAUGCCCUCCCCAUGUCAUGGCCCAGGUACGGGUCCGCAACGUGCCCGAGAGAGACCGUAUUGUCCGGGGCAUGCAGGACAGCAAGAGUCUGGAUGAGAUCAGCCAAGCUUGUGGUUCUGGGGCGCGGGGAGGGGGCCGAGGGGGCCAGUCGGAGGGGCGCAGGGCCACAAUCUCCUCAGCUCUGGAGCUGGAGGGGACGGUGAGCCAUGAUGGAGACCUGACCCACUUCAUUACGAAGAAUUUGGAACAGAAGAUCAAGAUGAGCUCCAAGCCUAGUCUGGACUGUAGUGACUCGGACUGUUCGGGUCCCAUCCACAGGAGCCGGGGGUCAGCAAGACGACCGGCAGACAUCCCGCCCAUUGAUCCAGCCGUCCUAUUGGACCUCCAGAGACACACCCAGGAUGUGGCACACAGUGUGGAGAUUAUGAUGCGUAGUCUUAAUGGAACCAUCCAGAAUAUGACCGCCUUGAGUGUGGGAUAUAUCCAGACCUACAGAGAUUCAGUGGACAGUCUGGGGGAGUCUGUGGACAUGAGUAUAAAGGGAAUGUACACGCUGAUGGCUCGCUGUGAGGAGUUGGAUCGCUCCAUGCAGCCCAUACACACCCUGGCCGCACAGAUUCGUGACAUCAAACGCACCCUGGAUGCGCUGGAAGCCAUCUGCAAGUAACCCCACCUAUCUGGAGCUGAUACGCAUCCCCACUGCAUAGACUCAACAUCUAGCGCAUCCAGAAAACCCUGGAGGAUACCUGCAACUAACCCUCUCCUCUCUGCAGGUAUCACACAAAUAGGCAACAAAAAUAAAACUGCCCUGGAGAAUUUGCAAGCCAUCCAGCCCCUGAAAGUCCUCCUAGCAACCAGAGUGAUGAUGUGCUCCUUGGGCACUUGGCAACCAGUGAGAUGCUUUACUGCUGACUUUUGAUCCCGGGACUCACAGCUAAUAAUCAUACUGGAUGACUGCUGCUUCUAAUCCCUCCUCAUCCUCAUCAAGCCAACCAAUCAUGUUUGAGGGUUACCAUAUCUAUGUGGUAGAGCCCAUUUUAGGAGUUCUAAAAUCGGUUUGGGGGCUGACCAUUAAUAAAACAAGGCCAACUUCCUCUGCUGGAGUUGUCCUGCAUUGAAACCCCACAAAUUCACGUUUUUGGAGAUACUUGGUGAAGUGACUCACAUACACACAAAUAAACAUGCACCAUACAUCUGUUAUGCUUCCUGGAUCCCCAAUGACAGUUACAAAUGACGGUUACAAACCACACACAUAAACACAAUACACUUCCUUGGAGAUGCAUGAAUAAGUGCUCCUCUCUCCCCAUUAACAGAAGAUUUCUUUUUUCUUUUUGAAGGACUGUGGGUUUCUCUCCGUCCAUCCAUGCUUGGUCCAGGUUGCACUAACUUCUGCUUUCCACACAGGGGCAUUCUCUCGCUGUCUCUCGCUGUCUCUCUGAAGAGGCCUUGUAUGAACUGUUCAGAAGACAAUGUCAUGAUUUGCACAGGAAUGGAAACUUUUUUUUUAUGUGUCUUUGAUUUACCCUAGAAGGUUUUCUGAGUAGCAACAGUAGUACUCUGAUUCAUACUCUCAGUUCCAAGUGGUCAUUAUUUGGAGCAGCCCAGUACAGCCAAAAUUUCUAUUGUUUGCUCCUGAUCCGAUGUUCUGGAAUGAUUGAAGGUCGGAUGCAUUGCUCAAAGUUGUGUUAAUAGUAGAUGUAGAGGGAAGUUCAAGUGUACACUCAUUUCAUUUUUCAUGCCCAGUUUCUCUCAGCCGGUCUGAGGAUGUUGAGCCGGCAAUCCUCCAUUCAGAAUGUCAGUGCUGUGACCUUGAAGCAAACACCAGCCACAUGUUAUUUAUAAAUAACAGUAUCACGAGGAAUGAGUCACCUUACCCUCUUCUUUUGUCUGCCCCUCAUUGUGUGCAUAGGUAAGGUCGAUCAUUUAGGCAAUAGCCUGUCAAGAAUAGACCAAAAAAAAAAAUCAUAGAAUUCUCAGAAUACUCUCAGCAUUCAUCAGAGCACUCCUUGGAAUAUAGGUAGAAUACAGCUACUUCGACCAUAAUUAUGAUUAAUGUUACAUUUUGGGGGGGGGGUUAAAAGCUUGUUUCUCUUUCUGUGGUAAUGCUGCUUUUGUUUUCACAUUAAAAAAAAGUAUUGUUGCGCGGUCAGUCCUGAGUUGAACACAUAUCUGGAAAAACAUUGUAUGUAGCCUAUUAAAGGGCUUUUUAUAUUUGCAAUGUUUCAGGUGCUCUUGUUUUGACUUUAUCAGGUGCCUAGAUAUGAAUAUUUCAUGCAGCACAGAUCAGUCAACCCCACCUGAAGCUUCCCCCGCCCCCGACUAUCUGAAGCCAUUUUAACCAAAGUAAAUGCUAUUUGAAAAGUUCUGUUCAAAAAUGCUCAUAGAUGGUUAGUUCAGAAGUUUUAAAGUAUAUUCCUUUUCUCCACUCACCAUAAUGUUGUUAACCACUGGUCUCCAUUUUCAUGUUCAUCCAUCCUGUACUUACUGGACUGCUCCUGCCAGUGCAAUGCAAGUCAACAUAGAUAGGUGGCCAAUUUUCAUGCAGUUAUAAAAACGUACUCCAGGGUUCAAAUACCGGUAAGUAAAAGCUAAUAUUUUGAUAUAACCACUCAAAUUCACUAUCAUAAACUGGUGUGAUAUAUUAUGUUGGCUUUAGGUGAACUCUAGAGUGCUUUUUGAACUGAAUGAGAAUAACUUUCCCUGCUGAGUUUCAUUGCCAUUUAGCUAGGUUGCAGGAAUCUAUCGAUUGACAUUUGUGGUCAAUAGAAAGUAGAAUGCAUUUCAAAAAUUCCAAACUAUCCUUUUUAAUCUGCAAAACCACAACUAGUGUUAAAGUAGAACUUCUAGGCUGACAGAUUAUUUUGGUAGUAACGCACAUUGGACUUUACUUUCACACCACAAUCAUGUUACAGUGGUAACUAUUUGUAUAAAUGUUAGCUUAUUUUUUGGACAAAACUCUUAACCCUUAAUUUAUUUUGUAUUGACUACAGUUAAUUUAUAAAUCAUAGAAAGCACCUGUAAAUUAACUGAUUUAUUUUUACUAACUUCUAAUUGUAUCGAGUUGAAGCUGAAAAAAACCCUGACUGUUGAAACAAACAUGUCCAGUCACAGGAAAGCCAUACUGACAACAAUGCCAUUAAUUUGUUCCAGUGCUAGCAUGACACAUGACCGCUUAAAACAUGUUUUCUGAAGAUAGUGUGAUGAGGUCAAGUUAUUUGUUCAACAGUAAAUAAUUUGGACAGAAGCCUUAAUUUCAGCCACGGAAAAUUGAACCAAGGCACUUGUUAAAUUUGAACACACUCAUGACAUUAUCUGCAAAUCUAAAUCAAUGGCAGGUUGGAGGUUCAGUUGACUUUAAAACAAGUAUAGGUGAGGACUAGGACUACUUGCUUCUGUCUGAAAUUGGUCGCAGAUAUCCAGUGAUUGCAGCAUAGGUUGGCUGUUCCGCACCAACCAAAAGCCAUUUGCUCUCACAGAGCAUCAUCUUGUAUUUACCGAAGAACAUUUUAUCUUUGCACUGGUAGAAAGCUUUGUACUAGAUCUUAGUACUAUUCUAGAUUUUUGGUACUAUUUAAAUCAAACCUGUAACCUAUUAUUGAUGGGUUGGCAAUGUGUUCGAUUAUUUUGGCUGGAUAAUUUUGACAUUGUGAUGGCUCUUAUAUGAUGGCUUUUUUGUGUGCUUAGGCCGCAGUCCAACACUAUUAUUGGGUCUUACGCCAAACAAAACUUAGAAAAUUAAAGUUGAGGAACUCCCUCAAGCCAUUAAAUGUACAAUACCUACCCACUUCCAUACAACAGAUGGUCAAGAUACUCCUACAAAUAAAACCCUGGUUGCAACAUUGGUGCUUACUAAAGCUGUUUAUGAAAACAUUCAAUUUUUUAACCUUAGUUAAAGCAGCAUCUUUGCAGGUGCAUGGUUGAGCUUUGGUUACAGUGUAAAGCCACACAGUUAGAGCUCUUAAGGUAUGGCUCUGUAUCCGCCUGCCUUUAAAAUUCAUGAAUUAAGGACAUUGUUUAGGUUUAGGGUUUCAGACAGGACUUUGGACUCCAUAUGAAUAAUGUUUUGUCUGUCACUCAUUUCCCCCUUGACCUCUCUAGGAGAAGACAUGUCAAGUAAGUCUAAAAAAAAGGGCAGGAAAAAGUUAUAUACAAUAUACAUAUCUGUAUACACUUAUGUGCCAUGAUGGAAGGCCAGUUUUUGUUCCUGUGAACCAUGACACCAGCUCAGUUGCUGAUUAGUACAACGUGAACCAGAGGGGAACUAAAAAGGAAAAUCAGUGGGUGUAGGAUGUUUAGGUGGAAUGAAAACCUGUCCUUGUAUGACAAAUGUUAGCCCUCCUCUCUGAUUGACCAGCAUGCCGUUUCAUUGAGCUCACUCUUGAAGAUCUUCAACUGUCAAAUUCAUUUGGCGAGUGAAGAUGGCAAUCUGGCAUCACCAAGCCUGGAUUCCCUUGGCGUUGCUGAAUUCUCCUGAAACCAUACCAGUUCUGUAAAGUUGUGAGUACUACCCCUUCAAAGUACCAGUGCAACCUAGACUAGGUGCUUCCUGCAAAAGGAGGAAGCAUCUGUAAACCUUUUAGAGAAGGUACUGCUGAGAAGAAGCAUGCUCAGGAUAGGAGUUUAGGGAGGGAACUUAAUCUUCUUCAUUACAUGAUUGAUAUUCUAUUGUACAAUUAGAUGCGCCUGUGUACAUACAAUCUUUGUGUAACUAAAAAUUGAUUUAGCUACUGUUCGUCUUGAGUGUAUAUUUUAUUGAAAAAUAAAUUUACAUGAG